AUGACGUCAACGUUUUUUUCUUCAACUCAACCUCUCCAUUUCGAAGAGCUCCAUUACCGUUCUUUAAUACAGGAAGCUACUUAUUCGUCUUAUGUCAACCACCAUUCUACUAGACUUAUACCUUCAAUUCUCCUGCUGUUAGCAACAAAUAUUCACCAAUCCGCUAUCGCAAACAUGUCAAUGCUCAAGCAACUCACCUCAAUUACUAUCCGGCUGGGCCAGCCCUUCAAAACCGCCAACCUCCGAGCCCAGCCACUCAUCCAGCCAAUCAACCAAAACAGGCGAGCCUUCCAUGCCUCCCCAAGACCUCAAACAACCCAUCAGCAGAAGGAGGAGGAAAGUAGAUUUCACGAUCGGAACAUGCUUGACCCUCAGCGAAACGAAGGCACCCAAACGGGUACGGACAAUGAAGUCGCUGGCCAUCCAUCCGCCUUUGACCCAAACACGACGAGACCUGAGACCGAAGUCCAAGAGUCCGAGAAUGAGAGCCAACAGCAAGGUAAAGUUAGCAACCCGCUGAACGUUAGCCCGGGAAAUACCGAAGUGAGUGGCACACGACCGACGCAGGAGGGCCUACCGGAUCGGAACGAAGAGAAAGAGGCGACGAGUGGAAGGGGAGCGGCGCGGAAGAAUAAAGAGGUGAACAAGCCAAAGAAUUAA